AUGGCAUCGAAUAUUACAUCAACUCAACAAAAAUUAAACACAAAUGGAAACGAUAAUCCAUCAUAUCAAGAUCCAACUAACCUUGACACGGAUUCUUACGGAACAUUUCUUGGUGAUCCAGGAGGAAUACGACCUGUGACAACUGUCUCUGCAUUAGGUUCUCAACAACCGACUAUAAUUUACCUUGGCGGUUGUCCUGUUUGUAAAACAGGCAUGUUGGAAACUGAUUUUACAUGUCUAGGUCUCUGUUGUGCAAUAAUCUUCUUCCCAAUAGGGAUCUUGUGCUGUUUAGCAUUACGACAACGUCGUUGUAACUUUUGUGGAUCUAUUUAUGAUUAG